CCGAUCGAGUACAGCUGAUAACGAGUACAAGAACGCGUGCCUUAUGUGUAUAACUAUAACCUUUGAUUCGAUGCGAUCUGUUCGGUAAUCGCAGUCCGCGCAUUCAGUUGUCCGAGCACUGCAUUGGCUCCACCACGUGACCACUAAUCUUGAGAGCGCCUCCCGCGAGGCGGAUAAUCCCCAAACUAGAAACUGGAGUAGUGUCCAGUCGCAAGCUGAAAAUCAAACCUUCCCGCCCUCCUACCGGUUUCGCCUGCCCCGCGAAUAACUGACCGCGCAAGUUUUCGGGUUUCAAGCAUACGCCCCAAUAACUGCUGUCGCCCGCAUAACCAGAACCAGAAAUCCGAACCAGAACGGUGCAGCACAGAAGUCACGCAGACAUGGCGGAGGCAAAGUCGGAAAAGUCUCCUUUUAUUGGCCGGCAACAGGCGCCAGUGACACUUAAUCCUUCGUGGGAGUCCAAGUUGCCGGCUCAUGAAGCCAAUGGCAAAGGAUCCCAGUCAGCGAUCGGGCAACUGGGUCUGCCCGCACCUAAAGACAAGUACCUCAUUGUGUUCUUUAUCUUUCUGCUGCACGGCGUGGGCACACUUAUGCCGUGGAACAUGUUUAUCACCGCAAAAUCCUACUUCGAGGACUUUAAGUUUGGAGUCAACAACACGGUGGCCACAGAGACGAGCUACCGCACCCAUUUCAUGCAGAACAUGGGCUUUGCCUCACAGGUCCCUAACCUGAUAUUUAAUUGGCUUAAUAUCUUCGUCGCUUUUGGCGGGGACCUGACCAGCCGGAUUGUUUACAGCAUUAUCUUCGAGAUGGUCAUCCUGCUCGUGACCAUUGUCCUGGCUAUGGUGGACUCGUCGCAGUGGCCAGGCGUAUUUUUUUGGACCACCAUGGGUUGCAUCGUGCUGCUUAACGUGUGCAACGGCAUCUAUCAGAACACAAUCUACGGAAUUGUAGCCUCGCUGCCCAUCAAGUACACGGGUGCAGUGGUGCUGGGCUCUAACAUUAGCGGAUGUUUCACCAGCAUCAUGAGCCUGGUUUGCGGUGAAAUAUUUGAUUCGAAAAGGACCUCGGCCAUCUACUACUUUGUGACGGCCAUCCUGGUGUUGCUGCUCUGCUUCGACACUUACUUUGCCCUGCCACUGAACAAGUUUUUCCGCCACUACGAGACCAUCAGCCGAAAUAGCGAAAAGAAAUCCGACUCCAAGCAGCAGCUGAACGUGCCCUAUUGGCAGAUCUUCAAGAAGGCCUCCCCGCAGCUCUUCAACAUUUUUCUAACAUUCUUUGUGACGCUCUCAGUGUUCCCGGCUAUUCAGUCGAACAUUCACCGCUCGGACCCGGAAUUCCUUAUCGGCGAGAAAAACUUCACGCUAUUCACCUGCUUCCUGACCUUCAACAUUUUUGCCAUGCUGGGCAGCUUGACCACGUCCUGGGCAAAGUGGCCGGGACCACGAUUCCUGUGGUUGCCAGUGGUUGCACGUCUGGUGUUCAUUCCUCUGUUCGUCUUCUGUAACUACGUGCCGCCAGAUAAAGUUCGCACAGCCCCUAUCUACAUCGACAACGAUUGGGUCUACUGGGGCAUCGGAAUCCUGAUGGCCUACAGUUCCGGAUACCUCAGCUCUCUGGGAAUGAUGUACGCCCCGCAGACGGUGCACGCCAAGUACCAGAGCACAGCCGGAAUGUAUGCCGCUGCCAUGCUGAUAACGGGCAUCUUCUCGGGAGUACUGUUCUCGUAUCUGGGCCCAAGCUUCGUCAUAUAGUCUUUCAUUGUUCGAAUGACAUUUACUAACAAUUACAUUUAUCAUUGUUCAUUUUUAACAACGUAUUUGACUCAUUGUAUACUUAGUUUCGGGCUCAAGACCAGUUCUGGAACCUGGCCAGUUGGUUUCGUUUUAACCAAUCACUUUAACAAGAUUCAUUUAAUAAAGUUUUUUAAUUACCACUUUAAUACAUGAAA